CAAGAAUAUCUCCAGCUCUAAAGGAUGAACAUCACUUCUCUGUUGAUGUCAAAGUGGCCUUGCUUUAGAUUUCUGUUUCUGUUGGCAUUGUUGUUGGUGAUAUCUGGAACAAGUACGAGUUUAUCCUAUGAUAGACGCGAGGUGAUAAAGGCAAAUCGUGGUGUCGUUGCCACUGAUGAUGGACGAUGCUCGAGGAUUGGAAGAGAUGUUCUGAGAGAAGGAGGCCACGCUGUGGAUGCAGCAGUUGCUGCAGCAUUUUGCUUGGGAGUUGUUAGUCCGGCGUCUAGUGGCAUUGGUGGAGGUGCAUUCAUGCUAAUAAGAUCAGCAGAUGGAAAAGCACAAGCCUUUGAUAUGAGAGAAAAUGCUCCUAAGAAAGCCUUUAAGAAUAUGUAUGCACAAAAUGGUGCUCUAAAAUCUAGCGGAGUUCUUUCAAUAGCAGUUCCAGGAGAAAUUGCUGGCCUUUACAACGCGUGGAAACAAUAUGGAAAGCUUCCAUGGAGAAGGCUUGUGAGGCCAGCUGCACAUUUAGCUCAUAGCGGGUUCAAGAUUUCUCCGUAUCUUCACAUGCAAAUGCUCAGAAGUGAAUCAGAUAUAAUGGCUGAUAAGGGACUUCAUGACUUGUUCACUUCAAAUGGCAGCCUUUUGCGGAUAGGAGAUAUAUGUUAUAACAAACAGCUAGGGAAAACACUAAGAGCACUUUCCGCGUUUGGAAUAAGACCAUUUUACAAUGGAUCGAUUGGGGUCAAAUUGAUCAAGGAUAUAAGAAAAUCCGGAGGCAUAUUAACAAUGGAAGACUUGCAGCAGUAUCAAGUUCGUAUAAGAGAACCUAUCGUUGCAGACGUGAUGGGAUUUCAGAUAAUUGGUAUGCCACCUCCUUCAUCAGGAGGCGCUGCAAUGGUGCUAAUACUGAACAUUCUUGCACAAUAUGGAUUUCCAAUGGAAGGUCCGAGCUCCCUUUUGAUUCAUCGACAAAUUGAAGCCUUGAAACAUGCAUUUGCAGUGAGGAUGAACCUCGGUGAUCCAGAUUUUGUUAACGUUAAAAAUGUCGUAACUGAUAUGCUGUCAACAGAAUUUGCAAAACAGUUGAAGAAGACCAUAUAUGACAACAUGACUUUCAGUCCCAAUCACUAUGGUGGCAAGUGGAAUCAGAUUAAUGAUCAUGGUACCAGCCACAUGUCCAUUGUGGACAGUGAACGAAAUGCUGUAUCGAUGACUAGCACUGUAAAUGCUUACUUCGGUGCUAAGUAUCUCUCACCGAGUACUGGGAUAGUUCUUAACAAUGAAAUGGAUGACUUCUCCAUUCCUGCUAAACGUUCCGAGAAUGUUCCACCACCAGCACCUGCAAAUUUUAUCCAUCCAGGCAAAAGGCCAUUGUCAUCAAUGACACCUACUGUUGUUCUCAAGGGCGGACAACUGAGAGCUGUUGUUGGUGCAAGUGGAGGAGGAAUGAUCAUUGCUGGUACAACUGAGGUUUUUCUGAAUCACUUUGCAAAGGGAAUGGAUCCCUUCUCUUCUGUAAUGGCUCCAAGAUAUUACCAUCAGUUGAUUCCGAAUGUGUUACAAUACGAGAACUGGACAGUCGUGACAGGUGAUCACGUAGAGGCUCCAGCGAAAAUAAGGGCUGCCCUUCAAAAGAAGGGACAUGUCCUACAAAGUAUUGCUGGAGGGACAAUCUGUCAAUUUGUUGUUCAAGAAUUCAAGUCAUCCAAGUUAGGGGAGCUUGUAGCUGUAAGUGAUCCGAGGAAGGGCGGAUUUCCUGCUGGAUUUUAGACGUUGAACUCAACGUCUAACAAGAAG